AUGUUACCCUUUCUCGCUCCAUACCUCGCCAACCCGCGGCAAUCACUGUCGCAGGUGUUGAACUUCGCCCUCGUCCUGUCGACCGCUUUCAUGCUAUGGAAGUCUCUGUCGGUGAUUUCGGACUCACCUUCGCCCAUCGUGGUGGUUCUGAGUGGAUCGAUGGAACCUGCAUUUCAACGGGGUGAUCUAUUGUUUCUAUGGAACCGCGACAAAACGGCCGAGGUGGGAGAAAUCGUCGUCUACAACGUGAAGGGCAAGGAUAUUCCAAUUGUCCAUCGCAUCGUCCGGAGCCAUGCAGCUGCGGCGCCUGUCGCCGCGGACAAAAGCGGCAACCUCUCGAAAGCGUCUCCGAAACUCCUCACGAAAGGCGACAACAACGUGGCCGAUGACACGGAGCUCUACGCGCGGGGUCAGAGUUAUCUGGACAGAAAAGAGGACAUCAUUGGGAGUGUGCGCGGAUACGUGCCAGCCGUUGGAUACGUGACCAUCAUGCUUAGCGAGCACCCUUGGAUGAAGACGGUCAUGCUGGGCAUAAUGGGCUUGAUGGUCAUUUUACAAAGAGAAUGA